AUCUCUUAUCCUCAUACACGAUUGCUACACUGGUAAUUAAGGAAGAUGGCGACGCUCAGCGCUGCAGCAGCCACAGUUGACGGAACGGGCUCCAGGACGCUCCAUGCUAAUUCGCCAGACAGCAAGAAGAUCGUCGGCGUUUUCUACAAGGCCAACGAGUACACUUCCCUGAAUCCUGAAUUUGUAGGGUGCGUGGAAGCCGCCUUGGGCAUUCGGGACUGGCUAGAAUCGAAAGGCCACCGGUACAUUGUAACUGAUGACAAUUGCAAAGAAGGCCCCAAUUGCCGUUCGUAUGCUUAAUUUCUCUGAUUGUUAGUCAUCGAAUUGGAACGGAUAUUGGGCUAAUUUAAUUUAGCUGCUUCAUUUUCUCAUGGAAGAGUUAGAGAAACACAUUCACGACAUGCAUGUUUUGAUCACGACUCCCUUCCAUCCGGUUUACGUGACCGCGGAGAAGAAAAAGAAAGCCAAAAACCUGCAACUUCUUCUGACCGCUGGGGUUGGCUCGGACCACAUCGAUAUGAAAGCGACAGCCGACGCAGGAAUCACUGUAGUAGAAAUCAGCGGAAGCAAUGCUGUCUCGGUGGCAGAGGAUGAAUUGAUGCGAAUUCUCAUCCUCGUCCGGAACUUCUUGCCUGGUUAUCAUCAGGUGAUCGACGGUGAUGGGAACGUCGCUGGCAUCACGCACAGGGCUUACGAUUGAUACAGACAUGUAAAUAAUGAUCUAAUGA